GGAGUGCCUCUUCCGAAGGUGCUUCCCAGCUCCAGUGCGCCGGCGGGGGCGCCUUCCAGCCCAGAGCAGCCCGAGUACAGACAGGCCUCGCGGGGAGGAAGCCGCAAGCCAGAGCUGGGCAGGACUCGGAGGAGAUCUGCGUGGCCCCGACUGCCGUGCUGGCCGGAGGAUGCGGGGGCGGCAGGCAGGAGGGGCUGAGCACGCGUGACGUCCCCGCGGCCUCUCGGUCACGGCCGUCUCCGCUGCAGCGGGAAGCACCAUGAGCACGAGGAAGCGUCGAGGAGGGGCCGUCAGCUCGAGACAAGCCCAGAAGCGAGCUCGGGAAGCGGCCUCCGCCCCGGGCAUGGCCUUGGAAGCAGAGCCCAUAGAGCUGGUGGAAAGCGCUGGAGAUGAGAUAGUGGACCUCACCUGUGAGUCUCUGGAGCCUGUGGUGGUGGACCUGACGCACAACGACUCUGUGGUGAUCGUUGAUGAAAGGAGGCGGCCGAGGAGGAACGCUAGGAGGCAGCGCCAGGACCACGCGGACAGCUGUGUGGUGAGCAGCGAUGACGAGGAGCUGAGCAGGGACAGGGACGUGUAUGUGACCACGCACACUCCCAGAAACGCCAGGGAAGAGACAUCGCCGGGGCUCAGGCCCUCCGGCACGGUCAGCUGUCCGAUCUGCAUGGACGGGUACGCAGAGAUUGUGCAGAAUGGGCGUGUCAUUGUUUCUACAGAGUGUGGCCAUGUCUUCUGCAGCCAGUGCCUCCGAGACUCCCUCAAGAACGCCAACACCUGCCCGACCUGCAGGAAGAAGAUGAGCCACAAACGCUAUCACCCCAUUUACAUCUGACGCGCUGCGAGCUGCCUCGGGGAAGACGGACAGCGACAUCCCGCGGGCUCCUCACACGGCCUCCGUGGGUUGUCUGCCCCCGAUUUCCUGAGCUCAGUGACUUUUAAACCAAGGCCCGAUCCGUAAACUGCUUCUUGUUUCCACCCUCUGAGGUCCGCUCGUUACCUCCAGCUUGAUGCCUCGGCGGGAGCCAAAGCCCUGUGGCCGGGCGCGGCCUGCUCCUGGCGGCCUGGUCCCAGGCAGCGAGGAGCUGCGCACCUCGGAGUGAGAGGAGUUCCAGCCUCUCCAAGACCCGCACGUUUGCCAAGAAGCUUCCCACGUGGGAGGCUUGCGCAGCGCCCUUCAGUGCUGUCGGGAGCCGGCCCUGGGCAGGGCGUGGCCAGUCUACCCAGCUCCUGCGGGCACGCUACCUCACCCAGGCCUCUGCCCGCACGGUGACCGAAGGACCAGCCGCUGGGCUCCUGCCCGACACCUUCGCAGUGACACGCAGGGGUCUCUGAGGGCGUGGCCAGCCCCUGAGGAUGAAACGUGCAAUAAAAACCGGCCGCCGCCGCCUCGCAGCCCAGGUUGCAGCACCGUGAGUGUCCCUCAGGCCCCGCCUGUCCUGUCACCCCCGUUCUCAGGAACUGACCAGGCCCAGAGUCCCUGGGCGCGGGCCGUGCACGUAUACAGGGCAGCCUGCACUCGGGGUCCACUCCUUUCUGACAAACCCAUCCUCGUCACCGUAUGCCCGCUGGUCCUCAGUCCGCCCACGGUCUCCAGUGUGGACACCGGGAGGCGGUGCAGUAUCUGUGGCCUUAUCAGCCCACGUCCAGCUGUGCCCAAGCCGCAGCCCCCUGUGUCUCAGAGCGUGGCCCGCCCGACGGCUGGGGCCUGCCUUGGCCUUCUCACCACCCCACAACCAACAUGCACUUCAGAAGCUGUUCUCUGGCCAUUUGGACUGGCCCUGUGGCGUUCUGGCGGCCCUGUAGGUUCUGGUUGGCAAAGUUCGGUGGCCCCUCCUCACCAAGAGGCAGGUAAUGCCCCUGCCCUCUCUGCAGGCAUGGCAGCCUCUGGUCUCCAGGUGGCAGUGCUGCUCCUAAGGCACAGGCUGAGGGGUGACGGGCUGCCAGCCUGCCCCACCUCCCCGCCCUCCCCACAGGCCUCGAGCCAGACAGCAGCCUGUGUGUGUGGAGCAUCUGCAGGGGAGAGGCCUGGCUGCAGCAAUGACUGGCCUUCGGCUCCCUGGGAGGAGCAGGGACUCGGCACAGUUCACUUUAACGGCUGAAGGAGGGCCCUCCUCUGUGAAGUUUUCUUCAUUCUGCCUUUUAGCUGUUUGGCUAACUUGCGGUUGGUUAGUCUGAAUGAAAGGGAUGAUGUGGGACGUGGAGCGGAGGAGCUGGGACACGGCUCCCACGUGGGCCGUGCCUGUCGCCCGCCGACUGGACUGGUUGCCGUCGCGUUUCUCCGGGCUGCGUGGGAGCGCCUCCUGGGACCUGCCGCACCAGCUCCAGGAGCGGGGUGACCGCGCAGCCCGCCCGUGUUUUCUGUGUAAGGACAAACGUUGAUCAUGAAAGUUGUACUUCUGCAUUAAAUUGGGGGCAAUGUUCACUUCUGCUGUUCAGAAACUGCAAGAUAGGAAAAGGUCCAUAUGAAAACCCUCCUCCUCAGUGUACAUAGUCCAAACCUUCCUUUGUUACGUUUAAACUUGACCCAUAAUGGCCGUCUGUUUUGGACCUCUGCAGCGUUACAGAUGGAAAUAAAACCAGGAAUUUGAAC